AUGGAGGAAGAUGUGUAUGUCACCAGCAUUUCACAGGUUGCCCUAAGAAGACAGCAAGCUCAGGAAGAGGAGCUGGGAAUCAGCCACCCGGUGCCCCUGCCCAGUGUCCCUGAGACGUUUGUUAAGAAGAACAGUGGUGGCAAUUCUUGCCUCUCGCUGGAAAGCAGCAGCCCAAUGCACUCGACAAGUACAGCCAUGACAGCAGCUAGUACACCACCAGAGGGACGGAUGCUCAUUCAGGACAUCCCUUCCAUCCCCAGCAGAGGGCACUUGGAGAGCACAUCUGAGUUGGUUGUGGACUCCGCCUACUACAGCAGUUUUUACCAGCCAUCUCUGUAUCCUUGUUAUAACAACCUGUACAACUACUCCCAGUACCAGAUGGCAGUGGCCAGUGAGCCUUCCUCCAGUGAGACAGGGGGCACAAUUGUAGGGUCGGCCAUGAAGAACAGCCUUCGAAGUCUCCCAGCAACAUACAUGCCGAGCCAGUCAGGAAAACAGUGGCAGGUGAAGGGCAUGGAGAGACACCACACCGUCAGCUCCCAGUACCGCAUGUGUUCCUACUACCCACCUGCUUCCUACCUGGGACAGGGGGUUGGCGCUCCCAUGUGCCUCCCCCAAAUCCUGACCUCUGAGGACAUCCCCUCCUCCUCAGAGUCAAAAGCCAGAGUGUUUUCGCCGCCCAACAGCCAGGACUCCGGCCUGGGGUGCCUGUCGAGCAGCAGCGAGAGCACCAAGGGGGACCUGGAGUGCGAGCCCCCCGCGCAGCCCGGCAACUUCGCGAUGAGCCCGGUGCAGGAGGGCGGCGAGUAG